AUGGUUAAAAAAUUCAAAUUAGAAUCAAAUGAAAAUAUUGGCAAUUGGGGAACAUUAUAUAAUAAUGUACUAGCUCAAUUUAAUAUAAACAGAUUCGAACCAGAACCAUCUUCGUUACAAACAGAACUACAGACAGAUGUACAGAUAUUUGAAAGUGAUUUGGUCAUUGAUCUUAAUAAAUUGUUUGAAAAGCCUAAGAAUGAAAUUAAUGCACAAAUUAUUCGUAUUUAUGGUGAUGUAGUUCAACUUUCGGAUAAUUUAGAAAUUCAAAUGUUGGGAAAUCAUGGUUUUAUUUUAAUAGUUGCAAGACGAUUUGAAGUCAAACAAGGCUGUCAAAUCUCUAUUAAAUACAAUGAAGGAAAUCAUUUUCAAUUAUUGAUAUAUACUAUGGAGAUGCCAUCAGAUCUUAUUAUUAAAAACGAAGAUAAGGUUCCACUAAAAUUUAAAAUUAAUAGUCCAAACUUUGGUCGAUUAAUUUCUCUACAUAGUGGAGAAUUUAAAGAUAUACCUGAUUUUGCUAGUAUAAUUCUUCAAAAAAAGCCAUUCACUAAAAUAUUACGAUUUUCUCUACAAAUUGCAAUUGCUCUAUUUUAUGAUAAUCCCGAUGUUACACGUUCAAUUCUCACAUGGAUCAUUAAAAUAAGUGAACAAUUGAAAGACAAUGAGGAAAAGGGAUUUGAAAUAACAAAAAAGUUAUAUUAUCAUGCAUUAAGAAUGCUUGAACAUCUUAAUGCCUUCAUUAAAAGAAAUAAUAGUAAUUUUACCUUUGUUCCACGACUUAAUAUGGAAAAUUACAAAAAUCAUAUUUAUCAGUUGAUGAUAUUUGCAAAAGGUUAUGAAAUCGAAUAUAAAGAUAUUCUAAAACAAGAUAAUAUUAAUAAACAAAAGGUAGAAAUUUUAAACGAUAAGCUAUUGGACCAUAAUGAUAGGAACAAAAUGCUUGAAAUUUUAGAAGAAAAAGAAAGUAAGCGAUUUGAAUUGGCACAUAAUUUAAUGGAAGAAACUGAAAAUAUGCUUCAGGAAAAAAAAAAUUAUACCGUAAGUGCACUCGAGAACCUUGAAGAAGGGAUCAAAGAUUGGCUGGAAGAGCGAAAACUUGCUGCACAAAAAGAGUUAUUUUUUGCUAUUCUUGAUUUAGCUUUAAGUGUUGGUAAAAUUGUUAUCCAAUCUGGCAGCGUACAUAGUGUCAACGAUGCUAUAGGAAAAGUAUAUAAAUCAGUUCAAGAUGUCUUAGAAAAUAUUAACAUAGAAAACAUUAAAGAAUUGGUCAAUAUAACCCAUGACGAAAAUGUAAAAAAAGAACAGGAUUUAGCUAAGGAUAUUAAGGACAAAGCUGAUAAAAUUAAAAAAAUUACAAAUGAUUUAAAAAGUAGUCACGCUAAGGCUGUUGGAUUAUAUAAUUCUGUAGAAGGUUUAAAUAAGGAUACCGAAACUUUUAAUAUCAGAAAUAUUUCAGAAAGCCUUAAAAAUAAAGAUCAAAAAGGAAUCAUGCUACAUCAUAAAUGGGAAUCAACUAGGGAUAAAAUUGAUAAACUGCACUUUAUUAAUUUUGCUGAUGCUCAUAUUAAAGCCAAGAUCGAAGCAAUCGAAAGGUCCGAAGAACUUUCACGAAUUCAAUUGCAAACAGAAACAUACAAAAGUAUAGAAAAACGACUUGAGCAAAGGAUUCAAAUAUUCGAAUUAGAAAAUAAAUCUCAAUAUGAUGCAAUUAAGCUUCCAUUAUUAGAACACCUUAUCGAAAUCAAAUAUUGUAUGACACGAUACAUGGAAAAGUAUCGUUCUGCUUAUAAAUAUUGGACUCUAUCUGAAUCCAAUUUAGAACUUUCAGUUAUCGAAGAACUCAAUGAAACAGUUAUCAAUAAAAUGUUUGAAGAUUUCGAAAAUGUCCUGAAUAAAACACCUCAGCUAAAAAAGAUUACUAUUGAGUUUGAUGAAAAAAAAUGUAUUGAUGAAUUCAAACAAAAAAGUUCUGUAAAAAUUGACAUUUCGUUUGAGCGCAAGGAAUUAAAAGACUAUACUCGUCUAAGGCUUCAUACAUUUAGAGUAUUCUUAAAAGGAGUUAGAUACAUAGAUGAGGGAUCCAUAAAAGAAAUCCAGCUUUAUAUUAGCCAUUCAGACACAUUUUAUGACAGAGGUAAUAAAGAUAAAACCAAGCCAAUAUGUUUUAAAUCUGAUCCUGAAAAAAAAAGAUUUGAAUAUAAAGUACGUGAAGAUUAUUCUGCCGAAUCUGAUAUAAGCAAAUUGUAUGAAAUAGUUGUUGAUAACGAAUAUUAUGAUUUAAAGUAUAAAGAUUAUUAUUUUGCUCCAACACCAUUUAGUCAAUGGGAAAUUAGUCUUUACCCGGAUAAUAAACCUGACCUGUCCAGUCUAAAAUCAAUUAGCAUUUAUUUGGAA